UCCAGUCUAUGGUUGAGAGCUAGAUGCUAACCUCAGCUCAUUGAUUUGUGUCUUAAAACUGCAUACGUGCUUGCUUUUCUCACCUCUCAUCGUGGUUUUGUGUAUAUGCGAUGGAAGACGAAGCCUUCAUUAACGUAAGUGGCAAACCCAUAACCAUGGACUGCCAGAAGCACUCCAGCUUCUGCAGGGAGUUUACAGUUAGCUCCCCUAAAGUGUCAAUCGGCAAGGUGAUGGUCUUCACCUGCUCCGUGUGGCUUGUGGCAUACGCGAUAUUCUUCUUCACAGAGAAUACGGCAGUUCUCUCCAGCGCCAUCCUCAUCACCCUGGUCGGCAUGAUGCUGCACAUCCACCUCGUGAAGGUGGACCACGAGUCCCUGCUCAUCAUCGGCUCCCUGGGCAUCCAGCUGUCCUCCAGCUACGCGUCAGGCCGCGAGAUCACCACCUUCAUUGAGAUGAGCAAGAUCAAGGAUGUAGUCAUCAAUGAAGCCGUUUAUAUGCAUCAGAUCAUUUACUACCUGUGUGUGCUGUUAAAGGACCCCUCAGAACCAAGUGCAGUCUCAAGUGUUGUGCCAUUGUUUCAGAGCUCAAAACCAAGGCUCAACUGCUUGACGAAAGUGUACAAAAGCUGCCAGGAGAUUCUCUCGAAACACCAUUGACAAGUGAUCCAAAGCAGUAUCUCUUAAUUUGUGGGAUGGUUUUUAAACUUCUUGUGUACUUUUUUAUGGAUAAAAGCCCAGUCUUCCUUGUAAUUGGAAUAUGUUUUCUCUUGUGGGGGCUUUUUAAAAUGUAUUUUUCCUAAUUAUCUCAUUUUUUAAUUCAAACAUGAAGUGCAAUGGAUGUAAUCUUUUGCCUUGUUGUAAAUACUAAUUUUAGAGCCAAAAUGUUGUAUUUAAUCAUAUAGUUAUUUAAAUUAUUUAUGAAAAAUGACUAUAUUCUUAAACAACUUUUGUAAACCUUAAGAGCCAAACCUUGAGACUGACAUUGUAUUAAAACAGAAAUAUUUUCCACUUACUGUAUUUAUGUAUGUAGAUUUUAAUUGUGCAAUUA